UAAAAUGUUAAUAAAAACGCUAUUUCAUGGUAUAAACUCAAUUAUUUUUAUUUUUUGUUUUUCUUUUAAAGAAGAAUAAAGUAUUUGACAAUUAUAAAACCAAUGAGGUCAUAUUUGUCUGAACCAAACAACACAACCAGAUGGAAAAAUUAUCUUACCAAAAAAAGAAUAAGAACCUUUGGUUGCCCAUUGAGUCGAUCCAUUUGCCAUCGAAUUUUGUGAAUGCCGAAUGUGUCUAAAUUAAAUUUUAUUAAGAAAUAAAAACAACAUUUCUGUUCUUUUUUUGUUAUACAUUAUGUUAGUUUGUUAAUAAGGAAGUUGGGCUUUGUUAAGUCCAUUCCCUUUCUCUUCCAUUCUGUUUUGUUCUGUGUAUAAAGAAAUGAGCUCACUUGUAUUUAUGAGUACAAAUCAGUCAAUAAAGAGUGAUCUUAUUUGUUUUAUUCAAUGUGGUAAUAUGGUAUCAAAACGAUUUUUUUCCACAUUGAUUUACUCUUUCGAUUCAUCAUCUCUUGAUACACUUUCAGAUCAUCCUCGUCCGUGAACUCAUCCUCACCAUGACUACAGGAGAAGAUUUAACACCUAUAAACUCGAGGAUUCCACCUCUUAUGAACACUGAUCUAGAAGUGUAAUUAAAUCCAUAUCUCCUACAUCAUUCGAUUGUUCCGACUGCUAAUCUUGUAUCUCAACCACUUGCUGGAUCAAGCAACUACUCAUCAUGGAGUAAAGCAAUGCGUCUGACAUUUUCUGGUAAGAACAAAUUAGGGUUUAUCAUUGGAACAAUUCAGAAACCAUCAAUGGAAGGAAGUCUAUGUUUGCUUGGCAAUGUAACAAUGAUGUCAUUAUGUCAUGGAUCAUCAAUUCAGUAUCAAAAGAAAUUGUUGCAAGCCUCGUAUAUACUGGAAAUGUGAAAGAAAUCUGGGAUGAAUUGAAGGAAAGAUAUCUUUAGUCCAAUGGCCCUCACGUAUAUCAGUUGAGGCAAGAUCUUGUAACAACGAUACAAGGUAAUUCAUCUGACAUAUUAUGCUAAAAUUGCUACAAUAUGGCAAAAUCUUGUUGAAUAUCGCCCUGUUGAUGAAUACCAUUGUGGAGGCUUGAAGAAGAUGCUUGAAUUUCUUAAUGUCGAAUUUGUCAUGAUAUUUCUUAUGGGACUGAAUAAAUCAUACAAUCAAAUUCGAGCUCAAAUCCUCUUAAUUGAUUCUUUGUCGGCUAUCAACAAAGUUUUUUCACUGAUAAUUCAAGAAGAAAGACAAAGAUCGAUUUGUCAGAAUUCUUCAUCAGUUGAAUCUAUCACUUUAAUGGCAAAUAUUGAUGGAAUCAAAAGAAGUGAAUCUGCUAAAUUUAAAAGGAAAUAUGGACAACGUUUGAUAUGUUCCUACUGUGGAAUAAAAGGACACAUUGUGGAUAAAUGCUACAAACUUCAUGGAUAUCCACCAAGCCAUAGAUUAUACAACUAUUCCAUUCAUCAGAAAGAUGCUAUCUUAAACUCAUCUUCCUCCACUAUAGCAACAUCAAAGAAAAACAACACUGCAGAAAAAUCUAAUCAGUCGACAUUCUUUGCAAGCCUCACUAAUAAUCAGUAUUCACAAUUGAUGACUAUGCUGCAGUCUCAUCUUUCCAUUUCACAGAAUGAAGAGAUCAUCAAAACUAAAACAACUCAUGUAGCAGGACAAGUUAAACUUGAAAAUGAUUGGGAUGGUUGAUCUAUGGCCUUUACUUGUUAUCAACACUCACUGAUAGAGAUAAAGGUAAUAUGCAGCAUGUUAUGCCUUGUAAAGCAUCUACCUAUAUAUGGCAUCAACGUUUGGGACACCCUUCAACUGCCAGAAUGAAGGAGUUAUCAAAUAUCUUGUCAUUCUUUGAUCCUAUAUCAAGUCAUGAUCAUUGUCAUGUUUCUCUGUUAGCAAAACAACCUAGAUUUUCAUUUCCUGCAUUGAAAAAAGUUGUUGAUGUAAUUUUUGUUCUUAUUCAUUGUGACAUAUGGGGACCUUUUCAAAACCCCACACAUGCUGGAUUUUCUUACUCUGUGACCUUAGUUGAAGAUGA